ACAAAUGUAAUUCACAAGCCACACAUCAAAAACGACAAUAAGCACCAAGAAAGUUUUCAACUCUCUUCAUUGCUCUCUCUGAGUUUCAAAUCCAAAAAAAAAAAUUACUAUAACAAUGGAGGCAAUGAAGAUGAAGCUUUUCGUGGCGGUUUUGGUUGCUAUGAUAGCGUUCUCCACGGUUCAGCAGACGGUUGCAGCGGUUGACGCUCCGGCUCCUAGCCCUACCUCCGAUGCUUCCUCAGUUAUCCCUACUUUCUUGGCCUCCGUAGCGGUGAUGGCCUUUGGGUUCCUCUUUUAAGAAGUUUCUUUCUUAAACUUGCUAUUUUAAGUUUAAUUGAAUUUGAAGUCAAAUCAACUAAUUGAUGUUUAAGUCCGGUUCUUGUUUGUUGUGUCUCUUUCAGUUCUUGACAUCUUGUAGUUGAUUGUUAUGUUGGUCAUGUUUGAUCUCUGUGUAUCUCUCUAUUAUGUAUCGUUGUUGGAUUUGACAUAAUUCGAAUAUCAAUAAUCAUUUAUCAUUAUUUAUUA